CGUCGGAAUCCUAUGACUGCAUCAUCAACGCACAACUCGCUUUGCACCAUGCUCGCUCUCCGUAAUGUUCUCCUGCGCCCUCGCCAAAGUACCGCUGUGCUACAACGUCACUUUGCAUCCAAGAGCAACCAUGAGCACCUCGUGAACUGGAUGACUGGGUCUCCGAAGGCGCUGGACGUGGCGUCCACAAAGUUUGACACGCUGUCGCUGGGUUUUGACAACGAUGAUGCUUCUUCUGGGGUGCUGCACUUGAAGCUCAACCGCCCCAAGGUCGUGAACGCCAUGAACAUGCAGAUGUGGGUGGAGCUAGCGGAAGCUUUCGAGCUGGUGGAACAGGACCCAAGCGUCAAGGCUGUCGUGGUGUCUGGAGAAGGUCGCGGCUUCACAAGCGGCAUGGAUCUGGACGUUUUUGCUCAGAUGCAAAAGGUCACAAUGGACGAGUCUUGUGAAGGACGCAAGCGAGAGCGUCUGAUGCGAGUCAUCGAUAAGUUUCAGAAGGUAAUCUCCGCUCCAGAGAACUGUCGGGUGCCUGUCAUUGCGGCAGUGCACGGGCCUUGUAUUGGUGCUGGUGUGGACUUUAUCACUGCCUGUGAUCUGUGCUACUCGGACGUGAGUGCUAUUUUCUCGGUGAAGGAGGUAGAUCUGGCUAUUAUCGCUGAUGUUGGCACGCUCCAACGUCUGCCCAAGCUAGUGGGUGAGCGUCAAGCCAAAGAACUUGCCUUCACGGGUCGCAACUUCGGUGGACUCGAAGCAGAAAAACUUGGCCUUGUGCUCAAAGCUUUACCUGACCAGGAGACGCUGAUGAGCCAUGUGGGGGAUGUAGCCAAGGCCAUUGCCAAGAAGAGCCCGCUUACUAUUCGCGGCAUUAAACAAACCAUCCACUACCAACGGGACCACUCGACGAAGGACUCACUGGAGCAAGUCCGCUACCACAAUGCCGCCGUGUUGUACAGUGACGACUUGGUACAGGCUGUCGGUGCUAUCAUGAGCAAGGCGGAACCAAAGUUCCGCAAUGACUAACUAGCAAGCGCUUGUAAGCACUGCUUUUCAUCUUUCUCUUUUUAUUUUCUCUUGUUUUUACUCCUCUCCUCUCCUUACUAGCUACAGGCACCAACGCGAAUCUGUGUGGAAUCCAACCACGCUGCAAUCAGUUUUUCACUUUUACUUCGCUUUCCUUUCUAUCACAAGGGGCUAGUUA